GUAUAAAUUUAAAUUUAAAAAUGAGUAAUAAGAUCCCUCCUUCAGAAGAAACCAAACAUACCAAUAAAAAGAUUCAAUGCAAGACUCCUGGCCACGAAGAUAUUAAAGACAGCUCUAAAGAUAUCUUUAAAAGUAAAUUCGAAAAGUAUGCAAAGCAGAGUCCUCUUUACCCUCUAAAGUUUUAGAGAGCAGGCAAAGAAGGAAUUCGAAGACAGGCGCGCACAACAUUACUUAGAUGAGGUAUCCAAAGGAAUGCAGACCAGAAGACUUGGCCAUGAAGAAAGUAAGGUCCUAGCUUCCAAGUCUGUGAAGAAGCAAAACUAUUGAGAGUCUACUAAUCUCCUUGGAGAGGAUAAGAAAUGUGAUGAUUCUAAAACUAAAAGCUUUAAGUUUUUAACUAUUAAAGGAAAGUAUCUCUCAGAUUUACAAAUGAUGUGAGUUAGUCCUUUCUGUCCGAAGCCAGACUCUGAGCAUACUGCUGAGUCUAAAUGAGUCAGGCCUGCUCCUGCUGAUAUUGUUGAGCAAUUUAGCACAAAGGCUGUAAAGGGAGAAAGUCCAGCGAAGCUUCCUCCAGCACCUCCAAACUCAACUUGCUCUCCGAUGGUGGCUAGUAAGGCUAAGGUAGACCCAGAAUCUUUUGAGGAGAAGAAGUUCAAGCACCUUUCAGAAAGUAGAAACCCAUUUUUGAAGUCUAAGAAGGUCAGUGGAAGUUCUUUUAGCCCUGUAAAACUCAGUGAAAGCAACCUCUCUAAGGUCAGAGAGUUCAGGAACAAGACUAGGGAGGAUUACUCAGUGAAGUCACUUAAAAACAAAUGGUUCAAAAAUAAGAUCCCUGAAGAACUCCUCAGGUCUAAAAGCAAAGAGAAGCUAGGCUCAAUCAGUGGUGAUCAUCAAUAAAUUUUUGGAUUAAAGAAAUUAAAAAUACACUGAUAAA